AUGGAUAAUUGUUUUUCAAAGUAUUAUAGUUCCUAUGGUAGUCUAUUUUACACAGUUAUAAGACUAUCAGCGUUUAAAAAGAUUGAAAAAGAAAUAAAACAAAAAAUCUUUUCCUUGAAUAAUGAAAAUGAUAAAGAUGAAUUUAGGAAGGGAUGCCUAAAUUUGGCUGAUUAUCUUAUUGCGAACAAUAAUCCACCAAAACAUUAUGAAGAUUAUAAAAUAACGUGGAAAGGAGCACUAAACAAUAAAUUAAAUGGUUAUUACAAACAAUUACGUAAACAUGGAGGAUGCCCUUUGAUUUUAGACGACAUAGAUAAAAAAAUUUUAGAAUUAAAAUAUGAAGAAAUAAAUUUCUGCGAUAAGAAAAAGAUAGAUUUUAAUGAAAUAAAACAGUUAAAAAGAGACCCCAAAAAUUAUGAUACAUAUAUAAGUAAGUGUAACGCAUAUAAUAAGUGGAUUGAAGAAAAGAAGAAUUAUUUUAAGGAAAAGGAAACUCUUUUUGGAAAAUGCUAUAAAACAAAAGACCAAAAAAAAAAAAAAAUAGAAAGUUCAGAAACGAUAUGCGACUUAAUGAAACCUGAAACUUUCCAAGAAUUAUCUGAAUGCCCAUCAUUACAUGAAUUAUCAGCCAGUAAAACUGCAUCUGAAAAAGAAAAUAUAGAUCCACAAACAAAAGCUGAUGAAAUAACUAUGGAUUCAAAUACAUCCCAAGAUCCACAGGAUCAAUUGGAGAUAUCUCAAUCUUUCGAAACAACUGAAAAUGUACAUGUAUCUAAAGAUGAACAGGAGACUCAACAAGAAUUACAAUCCCCACCUUCGCCAGAUGUUCACGUAAAAGUUCAAAUUCCAGCAUCUGAAUCUUCAUCUAUAGAAAGUGAAGCUACAUCUACAAAUGGUAUACAAGUUAAUGCACCACAAUAUUUUAUAGAUCACGAUUAUACUUUAAUAGGAGGGUUUAAAAAAAAAAAAAGGAUAAAAAGAAAACAAGCGAAAUUCCUAAGAAUACUACUACCUUCAUUUUCUAACGAAAAAAAAAAAUUCUUAGCACAACAUUAUACAGAACAAUCGAUAUACGAUGACGAAGAAAUCAUAAAAAAAUUAAAAAUACAUGAACAUGACAUGAUAAAAUACGUAAAUACGCCUAAGCAAAAAAAAGACAGAUUCAAAACGAUUAUAGAAGUUCAUAUGGAAGUGCUCAAAGAAUUAAGAAAUGAAGAAUGGGAAUAUAAAAAAAGAGAAUUUUUAGAAAUAUGUAUAGAACUGCUCGCAAAAAAGGAACAUAGAACAUAUGUUGGUUUGAAUAAUGAAGAACCUAUGAUGGAAAAUACUAAAAUUAUUAAUGACUUUGAAAAACAACAAAUUUUAUGGAAUAAAUGGGUAAAAGAACAUAAAAAUAUUUCUGAAAAAUUGAAAAAAACAGAUUGGUUUAAUUAUUUGAAAAAUGAAUGGAAAAAAGAAAAAGAUUCCAUAAAAAAAUAUAAGGAAUUUAAAAUGAAUAUUUCAAAUGAAAUUCAAAAAGGUUCUUUUUCAGAAAAAGAAAAAGAUUUAUGGAAAGAUUGGAUAUUAAAAAAGCGUAUACACAUAGAACAAUACUUAGAACAAGAAUGGUUUGAGGGAUUAACACAAGAAUUACUCAAUAUGUUAGAUGAGUGUGUAAAUGAAGACACUAAAUAUAAUAUAUCAAUACUCAAUAUGGAAGAACUACAUAAAAAAGAAAAUUAUGAAGAAUUAUAUAAUUAUAUAAAAAAAAAAUUACUAGAAAAAUUGUGCAUACUAGUAUUCGCAAUGGUAUUGGAAGAAUGCAAAAAAGAAGAUUUUAUAGAAAAUGAAGAAUCACAUUUGGAUAGUUCUAUAAAUGAUUGGAAAACGGAAGUAAAUUUAGAGCGAAAAUCAGAUAUUAUAAAAAAAAUAAAUGAUAUUAAUGAUGAUUUUUUAGAAAAUAAAGAAAAUAGAAAAAUUUAUACUUAUAUGGGGAACAAAUGUUUUAGGAAGCAAAUAGAAGACUGGAUAAGAGAACAUAAUACACCCUCAAAUUCGAUAUAUAAUGAGAGCAGCGUAGAAUAA